GUGGCAGCCUCCUCCUCAUCCCGGGGACAGGCUCCAAGUUGCAGCUUCGAAUUUCAAACCCCCCGCAGCCCAACAUGGAGCGCGACAGCCACCACUCCCACGUCUAGUGCCUGAUCCACAAGUCUUCAUCGCCCAGGGAGGAGCUCUCAGGUCCCCGGCCUUCUCCACCGCCACAGAAUGAACAUGCUCAAGUCCAGCGGACUGAAGAUCCCUGGCCGCGGCCCCAAGCAUUCCAGCCCAGUGGGGAGGCCCUCAGCGGGUCCAGCCUCCAGCCCCGUCCCCCCUAAAGACAACACUCCACCGACGAGAAUCUCCGAGGAGGGCGACGAUGUGCUGGGGGACUACACGGUGGGCGAGCAGGUCUGGGUCAACGGUGUCAAACUGGGAGUUAUCGCCUACCUCGGGGAGACCCAGUUCGCCCCAGGACAGUGGGCCGGCGUAAUACUGAAUGACCUACUUGGCAAGAACGAUGGUUCAGUGGGUGGCGUGCGCUACUUUGAGUGCCAGCCCCUCCAGGGCAUCUUCACGCGACCCUCCAAGCUCACACGACAGCCGGCCGGAGAGGGCAGCGACAGCCACUCCACCGACUCCCAGUCUGCCCAGAACCAGACUCAGCAGGGCGGCGGUGGACCCCCUACUGGCCAGCGGGUGGUAGUGACACUCAGAGAGGGCCUGCUCAACAGCACCGUGAGGACGGGCAACGAGUCGGGGUCCAACAUGUCCGACAGCGGCUCCGUCAAGAAAGGUGGAGACAAGGACCUUCGGGUCGGAGAUCGAGUUCUGGUCGGAGGAUCGAAGAUGGGCGUCAUACGCUACAUGGGAGAGACUGACUUCGCCAAGGGGGAGUGGUGCGGGGUGGAGCUGGACGAGCCCCUGGGGAAGAACGAUGGGGCAGUAGCUGGUACAAGAUACUUUCAGUGUCUUCAGAAGUUCGGCCUCUUUGCUCCGAUCCACAAGGUGAUCCGCAUCGGCUUCCCCUCCACCAGCCCGGCCAAGGCCAAGAAGAGCAAGCGCAUGGCCAUGGGCGUGUCGUCUCUGGUCCACAGCCCCAGCAGCUCCUCCAUCAGCUCAGUCAGCUCGGUGGCCUCCUCCGUGGGCGGACGACCGAGCCGCGCCGGCCUGUUGACGGAGACGUCUUCACGCUACGCCCGGAAGAUCUCGGGCACCACGGCGCUGCAGGAGGCUCUGAAGGAGAAGCAGCAGCACAUCGAGCAGCUGCUGGCCGAGAGGGACCUGGAGAGAGGCGAGGUGGCCAAGGCCACGAGUCACAUCUGUGAGGUGGAGAAGGAGCUGAGCGUCCUCAAGACGCAACACGUGCAGUAUGUAACAGACAAUGAGGGCACCCUCCAGCAGGUCAAAGCCUUAUUGGCCAGCACACAGAAAGAUAAGCUGGAACUGUCCAAUCAGCUUGAAGAAGAGAAAAGGAAAGUUGAGGACCUGCAGUUCAGAGUGGAGGAGGAGUCCAUCACCAAAGGAGACCUGGAGACACAGACGAAAAUGGAACAUGCCCAUAUCCGUCGGCUUGAGCAGAGUCUGUAUCUCGAAAAGUCGAGAGCAGAGGCGCUUCACAAAGACUUAGAGAGGAGGAGGCAAACCACCGUGGAGGAGCAGAGUCGCAUCGUGCAGCUGGAGGAGGAGCUCACCCUCAGGAGAGCGGACAUCAAGAACCUCCAGGCCCAGCUGGGAGGAGGCUGCGACUCCAGCUCGCAGCAGCCCGGGGACGGGGGGGCGACCGCCGGGUCGGACACCGAGCCUGAGACCGCCCUCCUCCGCCAGCAGCUGCUGUCGGCCGGCCGCGAGCACCACAAGGAGAGCAGCGAGCUGAAGGAGAAGUACCAGACGGAGUUAGCAGCCAGCCAGCAGGAGGUGGACUCCCUGAAGACGCUGGUGCAGAAACAGACCCAGGAGAUCAGUGAGCUGAAGCAGAAGGUCCAACAGGCCAACAAGGAGAACGUGGACAUGAUGGACACCUGGAAGACUAAAUUUGACUCUCUAGUGAGCGACCACCACCGCUCUGUGGAGGAGCUGAAGUCCUCGCUGAGCAGCAGCCACGACGCCCCUGAAGGUCACGAGCAGGACGCCCAGGAGCGCAGGGCCGUGCUGGAGAGCCUGAAGAUGGAGCACCAGCUGGAGACGGAGAACCUCAAGGCCAAGCACAAGAUCGAAGCUGCGAUCCUGAGCAAGGAACGCGAGGACCUCUGCUCCCGCCUGCAGGAGGCCAAGGAGCAGCUGGCGGAGGGCAGCCACACGUGGAGGGCGGAGGCGGAGGCCAAAAGCGGGAAGCAGGCGCUGGAGGAGGCGACCGACAAGCUGGUGAAGGCGGAGCAGCGGCUGGCGGAGAUGGAGACGCUUCAGACGGAGCAGGGCCGGAGCACGGAGGAGCUGAGAGGGAGGCUGGAGCUGUCGGAGAAGAAGAUGACGGAUUAUCAGGCUCUGCAGAAAGCUCAGGCCGAGAGCCAGGAGGAGAUCCAGAAGCUGGAGGAGAACCUGAGGGUCACGGCCAACCAGCUCCAGGCCAUCCAGGCCGACCGCUACACCCCCCGGGACGCUAACGUGAUAGAAGACAAUGACAUCUCAGAGGAGAAGAUGAAGCUGAAGCAGAAUAUCGAAGAAACAAUGGAGAAGUUGAUGAAAAGGGAAAAAGAAGUCACUGCUCUCACUUCCCAGGUCGAAGGCCUCAAGUCGCAGAUGGGAGCGCUGGAGGGGAAAGUCCGGUCGGGGGAGAAGAAACUCGACGCCCUGGCGAGGGAGAAGAUCCGCGUGGAGGCCGAGCUGGAGUCCGUCGCCAAGAAGUCCCAUGAUGCCUCUGGGCAGCUGGUCAGCAUCAGCCAGGACCUGCUGAAGAAGGAGAGGAGCCUGAAUGAGCUGCGGGUUCUGCUCCUGGAGUCGCACCGCCACUCGCGGGACAUGGAGAAGGACCUGAACCGGGACGUGCACAAGGCCGAGUGGAAGGUGAAGGAGCAGAAACUCCAGGACGACAUCGGGACGCUGCGAGAAAAACUCCUCCUGCUGAGUCGGGAACAUGCUUCCCCCGACCACCGGCGCUACUCCAUGCUGGACCCCUCGGCUCUGGACUCGGAGGUGAGCCGCCUGCGCCAGCGGCUGCUCGGCACCGAGGACGCCCUGAGGAACGCCAUGGAACACAACCAGCAGGUGGACCAGCUGGUGCAGGCCAUGCGCAGGCAUCCGGACAAAAGCCCGGCACAUGGCGCCAAUUCAGCCAAUGGGAUUCAUCAUCACGAGUCAGGCAGCACUCGAGAUGAUCAACACUGAUCCAAGCAGAAGAGACGAAUCUGAACUGAGACGUGCGAAAAGGAAAAGUCCUCCAACAUUUUCUCUCCUGAUUCCUGCGAUGGAACAUUUCAGUUGACAGUUACAAACCAAAACAGCAAAUCUCUAUCUCCAGUGAAUUUAUGUUGUCGUUGCAGAAAGCACCUAUUAGCCAAUCACGAAGGCCGCUUAAAGUUCUAUACAGUAUAACCAGGAAAACGGGACGAGACGAGGACGUGGAGAGAUUUCCUGCUAAUCGUCAACUUCUGAUGAUUUACAGUUAAAAAGUUUUAAAUCCACAAGUUGCCAGGAACAUUUGACAAUUCAGAAAAAAAACAAGACGGCUGAGGGACGACGAUGUGAGGACUCGGGUCUCGGUUGCUUUGUUUGUUUUAUUUAUUUGAUUGUUUUGCUCCUCGGUUCUGUAAUAAUCAUCCGUACUGUGGGCGAGCCGCCUCGGGCCGGUGACGCCAACUCCAUAUCUGAUGAGAGGACCACUCUCCUGUUUAAGUGCUAAUAUGAAGGUGACCUGUAUUAUUGGAAGUAUUAAAAACUCAAACUUCUCCCGAAUGUUUUUAAAUCUAAGAGACAAACGCGGCAGUUUUGAAAAAAAUGGCUUUAAAGCAACUUUUAUUUCAUCCUUGCUUGUGAUGAGUUUGAAUCUUCGACUGUAAAUAAAGACGGACGACGUGACUUGUCUUUGUCUUUUGUUUUUGUUUUGUCCAUGUCCCAUUCGUUAACAUGGAGGAGGUGGGGUGUAUGACCUGUACUGCAGCCAGCCAGCAGGGGGCGAUCGUCAGGAUCUGGCUUCACCUUGAUGGAGCUGUCAUGUCGUCCAUCUUUGUUUUCAGUCUAUGAUCCAGCUUUGAGAUCUUUGUAAACCAAGCCCGUACUUUUUGUCUUUUAAUCCGCCAGCCAAUAAAAAUCCUCACGCACAGAAACCUUGA